GUCCCGAACCCGAGGGCGAUGAGCCAGCUAUGCUGCCGCAGGGUCUGGAGCAAGAGGAGCUUGAGGCGUAUGCCGCGAAUAAUGCCGCAGAGCAGCUCCAAGGUCUGGACAGAAGGGACCCAGUACCACGCUCACAGCCAGAAGGCCCACCGAGUGCAGAGGAGGUGGCAGCCCACAAUUUGACACACGUGCCUUUUCAGCGAUGGUGCGAAAGCUGCGUGGCGACUAGAAGCCGAGCCGACGCACACCACACAGGGGCCAACCGCGAGACCAAGGUGCCGGUGGUGCAAAUCGACUUCUAUUUCACCUCCCUCGACGACCACGCCAGGCCAGCCGGACAAGGUGAGCAGGACACGUGCUGCUUGAUUGGGGUCGACCUCGAGACCAAGAUGGUGCUUUCCGUGCCGGGCCCCAACAAAGGAGCAGUUAUUUUGCACGGGGCGGCUGAGGAGGUCACCCGCUUCACUAUUUCCCUCCAUGGCGACGAGGCUGUGAUUCUACAGUCCGAUGGGGAGCCUGCCAUCAAGGCUGUCGCCCGAGCCGUGGCCGCAGCCAGGAGCAAGCUUGGGAAGAAAACCUUGCAGCGAACUACGCCCGUGGCGGCCCACCAGAGCAAUGGAGGAGCAGAGCGUGCAGUGCAAACCGUGAGGCGUUUGGGGACGUGCCUAUUCCAUGCCCUGGAGCUCAAGGCCGGGACUUUCCCGGCGGACACGCCUUUGAAGCUUUGGGCCCAGGUCCACGGGGCUUUCCUUUACAACCGGUUCCAUGUGUUGCCUGGAGUCCUGCAGACCCCCUACGAGUUGGCGUAUGGCGGCCGGAAGUUCACCAAGGCCCUUUGCGUUUUUGGGGAAACUGUUUUUGGACAGGUCUUGCGGACACACAAGGGCGAGCCCAGGUGGAUUAAAGGCCUAUGGGUUGGUAUGAGUACCACCUCCGGGGCGAACCACCUGAUGACCACCUACGGCCACAUCCAGAGCGAGAGCGUCCGCCGAGCCACCGAGGAGCAACAGCUGACAGCGAACCAGGUGGAGGACAUGUGCAUCACUGGUUGGCCUUGGAACCGAGACCAUGUGGAGCAACCCCGACGGCGCAAGAAGGAGCCGCGCCGAGCCGAAGCAGCCCCAACACUUGAAGCAGGAGUUCAGCUACCUCUUGGCGCUCCUCCAGGGCACCCUCUUCUGCCAGAGGAGGACAACGAGGCCCAAGCAGUCGAGGCAGCAGCCAAAGGCAAGGAGGCCGACACCGACAGUUCAGAGGAGCUGCGCCCAGCCGACCCGAAGGACGUGGAGCCCGUCGUUCUCACCGUCAUUUUCGCCGCGGUCUGCCGAGGCGGCGAGGAUGCCACAACCGAACCCGCCGAGGUGGUGCACCAACCGGGCCCCAACGAGGCCAUGGAUGCUGAUGAGGAGUUCGCGGUUCGUGUGGUGGAGACCGUGGACGCUGCCUGGCACGAGGCCUGGGAGAACACCGUGUAUGGUGAGGCCGAGGACUUUGAAGGCGAGCAGCCGCCCGACCUCAGCCCCGAGGACCUUGCCGAGCUGGACGACCAAGCAGAGAUUGAGGAGCUCACCCGCCUGGAGAGCAUGAACGUGCUUAUGGAGCCGAACCCCCAGGAGCAGGCCGAGCACCUCAGCACGGUCUUUGUGAAGACGUGGAAGAAGGGACCCGACGGCAGCGAGUGUGAGUACCCUGGCGCGUUUGGU